GGGACAGAUAAGACUGCAUGGAGUGGAUAUUCGGCACCCCGCCUUCUGCCUUGUGUCACAUCUCCCGCCAUAACAAAGCAGCCCAGGGCUGUCGGUCAGCCGAUGCUGAAUUCUUCUGCCCGCCGUACGCGUGGGCAGUUUUCUUGAAUGACCGAGGGCGUUGCUAUCAUUGCGUGCCUGGAGACGGCCAUCAAAGCCGGACCGCGUCGGCUGUCACUGAGAGGAUACCAGUGCCGCCGGAUGAUUGGAUACCUACGCGUCGUAGAUUUGGAGUUGUAAGGUUCAGCUAGCGUGGCCACCGUUUCGCGGCUCUUGUCACAACCUCGUUCUUUUUCACCUCACCUCCACCACCUUGCCUCCUCCUUCCUCCUCCCCUCUCGACCCACCACCAACCACAAUCACAACACGACUAGAGUUUGUGCCUCAUGAGUUCCAUUCCCGCCCAGCCUUCGGACUCGACGAUGUCUGCCUCCACUCCUCCAACCGACUCCGUCGACACCGUUCCCUCCACCUCUCCCAACACCGCUACAACCACCACCACCACCACUACCACCACCUCCAACCCCACCACAUCUACUUCCAGAACCACCAUAAUUCCCGCCCUCCCCCACCACCCCCACCACAGCCGUACCAACAGUGCUGCGCGACGGAGCAUAUCCGCCGCUCAAGGUCAAAAUCAGCUUCCCGCAACAACGAACGGAAAUCCCGCUAGCAACGCUAUGCCGACCCCGGUCCCCGCAAAACAGUCUCACGUGCAGCCCCCAGGCAUUCCCGUGGGGCCAGGUGUGCCGCCUUUCGAGGGCUCUCGGAGUCCACCAGGCAGCAAGAACUUGAACCACGUUCCGUGCAAAUUCUUCCGUCAAGGUGCCUGCCAGGCGGGCAAGGCUUGUCCGUUCUCCCACAGCACCGAUCCAACCACCGAGUCGGCGCCGUGCAAGUACUUUUCCAAGGGCAACUGCAAGUUUGGUGCCAAAUGUGCUCUUGCGCACAUCCUCCCCGAUGGCCGCAGGGUCAACCGUCCUUCCAUGCAUGGCAACAACGGCGGUCAUAACGGACACAACCACAACGGCCACCUCCACUUUGGCCGUAUGGACCCCGCUUACACCAGCCACCGGUCGGCUCUCCACAACUCGCUCAUGCAGGCGAACAAUGUCGGCCACCACACACCGACCCAUUCGCUCGGUGGCGCGGAAGAUUUCCCGGCCCUCCCAGGUCAGGCGAUCCCGCAAUCCGACCAGCAGCAGCAGCACCACCAGCAGACUGCGCCGACAGCCAUCCCCGACACUCAAUUCGGAUCCCCGCGGGACGGAUUGGCCAUGUCCCCGCUUGCAUCGUCGCAGAGGACUUUGGGACCACUCGACGCUACGCUCCCUGCUUCAAUCGACAGGUACGACUACAGCUACUACGCCAAGCAUGGUCCGUUCGCGUCGUCGGUUCCAAACACGUUCGGAGUCGAGUCUCCUCCCCCUUCGCUACCAAACAGCGUCAGAGGCGAAGCCACUAUCAGCGCUCUACGGAGAUCGGCGUUUGGCGAAGACGACAGUGGAGAGCUUUCAAGGUCCGCUCAGCUCCGGGAAGGAUCCCUCGGAGAGAGGAUUCUGCAUUCAUCGGCCGCAAGACGCAAUAAGGUGUACUCUUCGAGCUACGGGGGACCGCAGACCAUCUUCAACGGAUUCCACGGAAUGGGAACCGCGAAGGACAACGGAGCGAUCGAUUCCUCCGAAGGAGCCUUCACCUUCGAGGAGGACUUCUUGCCCGAGAGCUUGACUGACUUGCUCACUCCGGCGGAACGCAACCGCAGAAUGUCGAGGACCGACGAGGAGGGCGCGGGUGGACGCAGCUUCACCGCUCCGGGAACCCCCGGUGACACGUUUGGAUCUCCGAUCGGCUCCCCAGGCAGCUGGGGCCCUCUGAUCAACCGCCACAAACGCGAUGAGGACCACUCUCAGAUCUCCGGCUUGGGACACGUCGGCUCGCCCUUGAGGCAUACCUACCUCCACUCGGAUGCUAACCCGAUCGUGCGUCGUACUGUUAGCGACGGUAUCUUCGCUGGUUCUCCCGGACGUGGCAUGAGCGGAGGUAUCUCUGCCCUCACUCAGAGCUUGAAGUUCGGCAGCUUCACGGAAUCCGAUACGAUCGUUUCUCCCAAGAAUAUUGCGAUCAGCGGACGUCCGAUCGAGCGCACCACCUCUUCUCCCCGCCUCGGCAACAGCAAGGUCCACCCGAUCGAUGAGGAGCCCGAGACCCAGUUCAACCUGGAAGUCGAGGAAGACGGCCCCACAAAGCACAUGGGAGGCUUCUCCAGUCUGGGAGGCAUCACCGCUGAUCGCUCCGGGCUGGGUCUGGGCAAGAUCUCUUUCGGAUAAAUUGUUACGGGUCGGAUUGCAUCAUAGAGGGUGGCAUAGAGUGCCUUGCUUUCUUUUUUUCCAUGCUACAGCAUUUACUGUUUGGUCUUGUCAUUUUAUACCACGCGGGCGAUUUUAUGCAUUUCGAAUCGGAGGUGGAGAGGAGGAUGACUGCUCUGUACAGGGAGGAUCUAACUUUUACUUUACUUUCUACUAUACCCACGCACACAAAAGGGGAUACCUACUGGAGCACAACGCGGGAUUCUUUUCAUUUCGUUUUUCACAGAUUCUAAAAGCUUAAAAGUGUGGGUUGGCCUGGUGCGGCAGGGGUGGG